UGCACUCACUUGUCUUUCUGUGUGAAGGUAAGGGUUGAAAUAAGUUUCUACCUCUUCAAAAAAUCAAAGUGCUAAAUAAGGGCUUUGGUUGGAUGGGCUAAGCAUAUUUCAGCGUGGCGAGAGUCUGAUUGCACAGGGGAAUGGGUUCUUCAACAGUUUCCCACUGCAGCACUGCCUCAACGAGCAAAGACCAGAUGGAAAAAACGGAGAGAAAAGGCCAGGAUGUCUGUGAAAAGUGCAAAAGGAGGACCAGAAAGUAGACCUUCAUCUGCCUGCAGCGUGUCACCACGAGGAGGGAGAGCUGCAGCAGCUGGAAAAUCGCCCGCUAUGGGGAAAUUCAAAAACAAGGCCCUUCAGCUUAGCCUCUCCAAGAAAUUCUGCUCAAAAUCACAGCCCUCCACAGCCAAAGGGAAUGGCCCUGAUGGAGAGGAUGGUAGUCGGAAGAGUAAAAGAAGCCUCAGCAACAGCUCAACGGUGGCCGCUGCCUACAUCGCCUACCUUAAUAAGCUUUUUGGACAGGAGAGAGAGCUGAUGCCAGGGGAGAUAGAUGAGUUGCAAGAGGCCUUUAAGGAAUUUGACUAUGAUGCGGAUGGCUUCAUCCAUUACAAAGACAUUGCAGACUGCAUGAGGACCAUGGGCUACAUGCCUACAGAGAUGGAGCUCAUCGAGAUCAUUCAACAAAUCAAGAUGAAAUGGGGUGGACAUGUAGACUUUGAUGAUUUCUGUGAGUUAAUGGGGCCAAGGAUGCUUGCAGAAACAGCUCAUAUGGUCGGUCUGAAGGAGCUCCGCUGUGCCUUUAAACAGUUUGACUGUGACGGUGAUGGAAAGAUCACAUUGGAAGAGUUAAAGGAGGGCACGAAAACCCUCCUUGGAGAAAAGCUGAAAAAAGGCGAGCUGGAGGAAAUCCUCGGCGAUAUUGACCUCAACAAAGAUGGCAGCAUUGACUUUGAUGGAGAUGGAGUUUAUGCCCUGGCUCCUUUGGUAAUAUCAGCACUGACCAACCUUCAGACUCACCAAGAGGUUUUAUUUCAUCAAAUGUAACACUUGCCAUCAGCGCACCACACCUUUCCUCCGUAUCCACACCAUGAGAAAGUGCAUCCUGACAUGCUCAUUGGAUGACUAAAGCUACUGUCCACGUUUGGAAGUAAUUAAUUGCCCGUUUGUACAUAAAGCUGGUUUUAUAUGAAUCGAACCGCACUGCGUCAUUAUUUACAACCAAGUGUAUCACUUUAGAAAUUAGGAAACAAUCAGGUUUUUAGGGUGCAUCCUAAUUAUUUUCACUCAUUUCCAUUAAUUCUUUUGACAUCCUGUUUGUUAUUUGUCCUUGUCUCCGUCUCACCUGUCUGUGUCUACCAUGCAUUCUCAUGUCCUUUUAUGGAUAUUUUGGGUGUUUACGUAUGCAAAGCUUAAUUUGCAGAGAAAGUAGUAUUCACCAAUCUAAGAGGAAAGUUAGAAAUAAUUUUGGGGCUUACAACACUUUGGUGAAUUUGAUGGAGAAUUUUGGUAAAUAAUUUCUCAAGUAUAACAAAUUCAAGAGGAUUCAUAUGAUGAUUUGGGUGAAUGAGGCUCAUCAACUCUAAUCUUCUCUAACUACGCAUUAAAACUAAUUGUGUGCCUAGAGUCAUUGUCUUACUCUAUAACCCACUUUCCUUUUACAUUUAGCCCUCAGAAAGAUGUCCAGACUGUUUUUGUUUCACAUUUGAUGACCAGAUUUCCAGGCUUGAGUUAAACAGGCCCAAACCCUGAUACUCCCACCACCAUGUUUCACAGAGGGAGGAGAUGAGGUUCCAGUGUUGGGAUGGAGUGUUUUCUGUACUGUUCUCCUUUAAACUUAAAUCUUCCAUUUUGAUAUUAUUUAUCUUCUAAAUAUUUUUCUAAUGGUUUUCUGUGUUAUUUCACUUAAUCUUUACAGCAAUGUUUUUUUGUAGAGCAGAAGAUGUUUUCUGCAGCUCUGCCAGUUUUC